UUCCAACAGAAAUUGUACAAGUAAAUGUUGACGCUGAGCUGAUAGAAGGACAAAGCUUUCAAAUACCAAUACAUGGUAACCAAUCCUAUUCUAGCUUAUUACCAGUAUUUCGAUGUACAUUUGCUGAUGUUUCGGAAGGCAGCUACGUUUAUGACGUUCACGGGUACAUAAAUGGAGUUAAUGUAAAAAGCCAUUCGAAUGUACAAUUUUCAAAUAUAAUUUCUACGGUUCUUAGGGAUACAGACUGGAUCAGCCAAUUUAAGAUGAACAUGGAGGUGAAAUGUGCUAUUCGUAUGAGAUAUUCAACAGAUUCAGCACCUGGAUUGCUUCUCUAUAGUCAACUAUAUCAAGCUGGGAUUUUUCCAGCAAAAUAUGAAUAUACUGUGAAUGAGGGAGACUCAAUCGACAUAACCUUUACUUCAAGUGUACCAGUUGGGUGUAUAUCAUCGCAUGACGCCAUAAGAACACAUUGUGAACAGGAUUUCUACAUUUUCCAACCGAUGGAUGAUCAAACUUCAGUAUCAUGCAGGAACAACAUUGCAAACAGAGAUAUAGUUUUUGAAGCUCAAUUUUGUGGUAUAAGUAUGAACAGUCUCCAUUGGAAAAAUGAGACUGCGAGUGUAUGGUUUUAGUGACUCACUGUAUAACUUUCAAGACAGAUCGACAAUUCUCAAGAUAUCUACAUCAGCAGUGUCGGAUUUAAAUGAAAUUUGGAGAGAUGUACAAGUUCCAGAUAUAAAGAUCACAGUUAUAGACAGGGAUUCUGUACUUAUUGACAGACAAUGUAUGUCUCACAACGACCCCCAUAUUACUACUUUCGAUGGGAGAUUGUAUCAUUAUAUGAACGUUGGGGAAUUUAUUAUGUACCAGAAUGACAUAGGUCCUUAUUCGGUGCACGCUUUAUUUACAAACUGUGGGUUUGGCUGGACAGGAUCAUCGUGUCAUUGUGGUAUAGCUGUAAGAAGUUGCAAUUCUUUGUUUGUCUUACGGACAUGCCAGACGAUAUCAAGAACACAGAAGCAUUUACUACAAGAACCUAUUACUAAGCUUAUAAGUUGUGAUGCACAGGAUUUAAUGAUAGAACAUAAUAGAAAUAAUUACAAGAUAACAUUGCCUACCGGAACAGAAAUCAAAUUUACGAUAUCAAGAUGGUCAAAAUUUAUAUCAAUGAUUGCAAUAAAGCCAUCUAUUUUUGAUAUCAAUGAAGCAAGAGGUUUAUGUGGUGUUCCAAGUACGACAAAAGACAAGUCGGAAGAUUUUACUCAUCGUCAGAACGGACCGAUCAACAACGAACAGUCAUUUGCAGAUUCCUGGAGAAUAACUCCGACAAUGAUUUCUGAACAAUUGUUUUGCGUCGAACCAGAUUUUUUUAGUAACUUAGAUGAUGGAAUCGGCAAUAGUAUUACAGGAAACAAUAACACGCGUUACUGUACAUGUGAAAGACAAGCUAGCAGCACUGUUACACUAGAUGAUUUCGAUACUGUACAGUGUAAUUUAACUGAAAUUACAGAAUUUUUUUCAGAAGCCCUCCGGACUGAGGAAGAGACGAUGACUUCAUUUUCUACUUCAUGUUCAAUAUCUCAAAGAAAAAAGCGUUCUGUUAACUCAGUCGACAAAAUUGUACGACGCACCUUCGGUGGUGAUGAUGACGUAAUUGAUGUUCCGUGUUUCACAUACGACGAGAGUGUUUUUAAUACAGAGGUGACGAUCCCUGGGACAUUUAGAAAUGGCUGGACGGAAAACACUGCAUGGCAGACCUGCAUGGACGAAAUACAGAAUGCGCUUCCACCAGGGGUGGCCAAUUUGGUAGAUGUAUCUGUAGCCGAAUUUGUUGAAUCAUGCGUAUUGGAUAUUAAGCUUGUCGGGGAUACAACUUUCCUUCCUGACACUAUUGGUACUAUGCUGACUUUUAUUAUGACAGAAAUAAGGAGGAAUGAGUCAUUGUACCUUCUCAAUACAACAGACGGAUCACAGACUUUAGUAGGAUAUGUCACAAGCUUCUUGUGCCCUAACAACUGCAGUGAAAAUGGAAACUGUACAAUGGGCGUUUGUCAGUGUAAUGGCAAAUAUAUUGGGGACGACUGCUCUCAAUCAAAUACAAUCCCGCCAUCAAAUAUCAGUCUUCCAUCGUAUGGGCUUUGUAUUCUUGGAACAGGUGAAUGCAGGAACCCAAAAAUAUUCGGCAAUUUCCUUUCAAGGACGGUUUGGUACAACAUAAAGUAUUUUCAGAAAGUAACGGACUCCAUUAAAUAUAUACCUGGAGACGAUGUCUUGCAGGCAAAUUUCAGGAAUAUGUUCACUGUAUCUUUAGAUUUAAUGUCCUCAGGGAAAAAUAGAUCAACACCAGAAACAAUUGUGGCCGAAGGAUUUGAAAUCAGUCUUUCAUAUGAUGGCACAAAUUUUGGAGAAUCUGUCAGCAUUAUCAUAUAUGAUGAAAAUUGUUAUUCAUGUAACUCAACAUCUAUUGCGUGCUUUGAACAGAAUCUUUGCAAUCCAACUGUUAUUCCUACGGCUAAGAAUGACAACAAGACAUCAUUUGUGGCGAUAGCUGCAGCUUUAGGAGGCUUGCUUCUUAUCAUUAUUGUGGUCAUUGGAUGUAUAUAUUACAAAGUCAAAUCGAACAGCACAAGAACAAAAAUUAAUGCGACUUCUGAUAAACUGGAAAAAAGGCCGAAUUUAUAUCUUGAUCAGAGCAACGGAAGCCAGAUUUUGAUGACAAGAGAUAAAACUAUCAGUGACCUGCAACUUGAAAUCGAUGACAGUAGAGGUGAAUCACCUUUUGAGAUGUUCGAAAAUCAGUUACAUUUUGUACCUCCACCGAGUCAUUACAAACGUAUUCUAUGAAACCGAACCUGUUUGGAUGAAAAGUUAAAUUGCAGAGUUUAAGAUACAAAUUAAAGAAAGCAAUUUAAAAGAAAACUGCAGAAGGGAAGUUCAUCACCUGUUUUCAGUUUAUCAAGGGUUUAGUGUCAAAAGUUGGCAAAAUGUUACAAUUUAUAAAGUAUUAUUUUCAUAUAAUACAUAUAAUAUAUAAUAUGUUUGAAUAGUAUACUAAUACGAAUAACGAAAUGGAUACUCAUCAAUUGAACCCAAAUGAAAAUCCGUUUAUGAUAAUAAUAAUAAUAACAAUAAUAAUA